UGGCACAAUGCAGAAUGUUUCGUGUCAGAGUGUCUUUGUGAUUUUAUUUGUUUCAGUAUGAUAUUGUGUUACAGCUAUCUGUUAGCACUAUGUCCUCGUUUCAGUUUUUAUUGUUCUUUUCAUUCUUUCAAUUAAUGAUACAUAAAGUUAAUAGUAGUUAUUGCAAUACAACCAAUGCGACAUCUUUAACGCCGUAUGGUCAACCUUGUUCAAGCUCUUUGAAUUGCAUAACAUCUUACUGUUUAAGCAGCCUGUGCCUUUGUCCAUCGGGUACUUACUUUGACCAGUGCAGUCUAACUUGUCAAGUCAGAUGCAAUGCAACUUUUCAGUCAUCGAGCAUUAGAAGUGGAAUCAUUUCAGGAGUAGAUUAUCCAUACAACUUUGAACCAUAUUCCUGUACUUGGACCAUACAACCAUAUUGGAGCAGCCAAUAUGUCACUUUUACGCUUACAGACGUACAUCUGCUAGGCUUUGGCUGUAGCUAUGGAAGCAUAGAAAUAUAUUCUUCCUCUACCCGUCUUUACUCUAUCUGUAGCUCGUCUCUGUCGGAAAGAUUUUUCGUCACUUUCUCGACUACGCUACGAAUUGUCGUAACACUGAGGUACAGCGGAUAUAGAGGUUUCCAAGGACGCUAUUCCAUCCAUGAUAACGUGUCAAGUCGCAAUGACAGAUCUGGUAUCAUUGCUAAUGUUGGCUAUCCUUGGUUAUAUACUUCUGGCACUCUGACCACAUGGAACAUUAUUGCCCAACCAGACCACAUUGUAACAUUGAAUAUAAGUUCAGUGGGUUAUUCAUAUUUGUAUAUAAAUGGUGGAAAUGGAAAUGUAUUAGUAAGCUAUCCAACAACUGUGGUUUCCACAAGAAACUCCCUUCUGGUUAACUCUUUGAAUCAAUACAACACAGGAUUUUUUUAUGCCACCUACAUGACUCAUGGAAAAUUUUAUAAUGAAGUCUGCGCCUCAACAAAUCAAUGUGAUUUUGGGUUGGUCUGUUCUGGCAGUAGAUGUGCAUGCUCAUCUAAUGAAUAUUACGACCAGUCCUCCAAGACUUGUCUGUUAAAAAAAUCUCAUGGCGAUACAUGUUCAACAAGCGUUUCUGGAAUGUGCAUGACAUACCUGACUUGCAGGCUUGACCGAUACAGUGUUUACAGGUGUCUCUGCUCAUCGUACACGUAUGUUUAUUUAAAUACCUGUCUAUCAGACAACAAUUUAAUUGCAUCUGUUUCAACUGAUUCUCUUAUUGCAACAAAUUUUAUCUUUGUAAAGUUGAACAGUUCUGUCCAGGUCACAGUGACUUACAAUGUUUCGUGGACAUCACAUCUGAAUCCUACUGACAGAGGUUACAACAUGACCAGUUCACGUGACGUUUAUGCUGCGCCUCUCACUCCUGCUACUGACUACACCUUUAUCAUAACAACCAUUUUACCAGCAGAUAACUAUUACCAGACCAAAUCUUAUCAAAACUCAUAUAAUAUGGCUACAAGAAGACUAUAUGACAAUGCAUGUUCAACAACAUCACAGUGCGAUGAACGACUUGAAUGUGUCAAUGGCAAAUGUGGCUGUCAGAGUCACUCAUUUUACAACACAGCUACACAGACGUGUCAAAACAGUCUAUCUCACGGGCAGACCUGCUCACCAAGUGUUUCACGCAUGUGCCAGACCCAUCUUACUUGCAGAUUAGAUCGGUAUAAUUCUUACAGGUGUUUGUGCUCAACAAUCACACAUUUUUAUUUGGGCUCUUGUUUAUUGGAUAGCAACUUGAUUGUUUAUGAUUCCAGCGAUUCUGUAGUUGAGCCAAAGUUUAUGUAUUUAAAGAUGAACAAUUCUGCCCAGUUCAGCGUGAUGUAUAAUGUGUCAUGGAUAUCUGUUCUCAAUGCCUCUGACAGGGGAUACAACACCACCAGCUCAAGAGAUGUUUAUCUUUCCCCUCUCACACCUGCCACUGAUUAUAAUAUCACCAUCGCCAGCACUCUACCAUCAGACAGCUACUACUUUGUUAAAUUUAUAAGAAAUACAAUUCUUAAAGCUACUAAGAGUUCUUAUGGCUAUCUAUGCACAAUGACUAUACUAUGUGAGAAGGGACUGGACUGUGUGAAUGGAUUAUGUGGUUGUCUAAGUGACUUCUACUACAAUGAACCUUCAAAAUCAUGUCAGAAAAAACUACACUACGGUUAUGAUUGCAAUGCUACCAAAGAAUGUCAAGACAGCCUUAGUUGCACAGGUGGAAGAUGUAAAUGUUUAACUGGACAAUACUAUCAUACUAACAACCGUUCUUGCUAUUCUUUUAAACUUUAUGGUAUGCAGUGUGAUGCAACCAUUCGAGACAUGUGCAAAGAUCCAGACUUUGUAUGUACUUCAGACGCUCAUGGACUGUCCAGAUGUCUUUGCUCAUUUAACACUUUCUAUGAUGGUUUUACCUGCUCGCAUAAUCUUGUAAGUGAAAUGGAACUGUCAAUCAAUCAAGUCAAUUUGACAUUUCAUAAAGCCUUUGGGCUGAGAAGCUUCAAUUUGAGUUGGAGUGCUACUGGAAACAGUCAUGAUUAUGGGUCACAGUUUAUCAAUGGGAAUCUUAUCAGUAUACAGAAACUGACCCCUGGUCAACAAUACAUCUUCACAGUAGCUACUAGCUUAACUUCAGAAAGUGAAUAUGAAAAUAACAAAACUCUACAGUCAAGGUUUUCUCUUGUUACAUAUCCAGCCAGUCCUGGUAAACUCUGGCUAGAGAGAAGUCAGUUAAACAAAUCUCCUUAUAUCUUGAAAUUCAACCAGUCACAAGGUGUUGUCAACAGUUAUCAAGUCACUAUCAAAACAGUGAACCUGAUGCAUGAAGUAAUUAUCCGCAGAGUCACUAACCCAGAAGUGAUUACUUUUGAUCUGUAUCCUAACACCCAAUACAUCUAUGAGAUUAUUGCUUACAAUAUGCUGGGAAAUCAGAGUGCUGCCACUACAGGAAAUUUCAUGAUCACAGCAGCUGAUGAUGAUGAAGGUAACAGUAGUAAGGAUUUUUUAACACCCUUAAUUGUCCUGGUCAGCAUUGGCUGGGUCAUUGCACUGGCUGCUUGUGUAACUAUAUUAAUUGUCUGUUUAAAGAUUCGCCAACGCAAGCCCAAGUUAGGUUUAAGUCCUAAAGACAGUACAGCAAGUGAACUUUCAGCAACUAGAUCUACUAGAGGAAGGAGCCGCAGUAUAAUAUUUGAAGAUGUGAUGGUCAAUGAUUACAAUUCAUUCCCGCAAAAUGUGCAACUUGAAACAGUAAACAACAAUGAAGACAAUACUUCCCAAAUAGCCAAGGAAGACACAGAUCCUCCAAACAAUUCAGUUUAUGUCAAUGCUUGUAUCAAGCCUAACAUCCUAGCAUCUAACAAUAUUUACGAUGUCAUUGGAGAUAUUAAUCCUGCAUUGAGGUUAAAUACUAAUUAAAGUGAAAAAUUACAUGGAAUCAGAGAAAGUUUUCAUUUAGCAUUCAGCAUUUAACCCAAUAGCUCCUAUUUCCGGUUCAAAAAAACCCUUUCAAAGUCCUAAGCAAGGAGGGAUAACUCCGUAUUUAAAAAAUCCUAAAAAAUAUGUAUUUUGCAAAAAAUAAUCAAAUUGAAGAUCUAGUACAAAUAAACAAACAGAUAACUUUAAAAAAUAGAACUAUAUGUCUAGUUUUAAAAAAUAUAUACGUUUAAUACCACUAGAUUAUAAAAAAGUUCAAAAAUACUCAUUUUCCCACGUGGGGGCUUAUACACUGGGGCUAUGGGCCUGUUCGUUUGAAAAAUUAUUUUAAAAAUAAAAACCUUCCCAAUUUUAUUAUGAAUAGAAUCUGUAAUCUCCAAAAUUAUUUGUAAUCACGCUUGCAACGAGUCUAAAAGAAAUCUUUUUUUUUUAAAGUUUAAAUCAAGUAUAUUGAAUAGGGGAUUUUAGAAACGGUUUAGGACAAAAACUGGAAAACGUUUCCAGCUGCAGAAGGAGCUAAUGGGUUAAAGACUGAAUACCAUAUUGUUAAUAUCUAAAUACUGUAUAUUAUCAUUAAGAAUUUAAGAUACUAAUAUUUAAAAUAUUACCGAGAUACAUUUCUUUCAAUUUUGCAAGUUUGUAAACAUAUUAUAUAAAGUGUAAACAGCCAUUGACCAUUCCAUGCUCUCAAGACCUAAAAAUAAGUUACAAUCUUUUAACUUUUUAUAAAAGAAUGAACUUGUAGUAAGUAACAUUAAAAUACUAUUUUUGAAAUUAUAUAUUAAUUCUUUAAACAUAAGUCAUUCUCAUGUUGAUUAUUAUUUUAACCAAAAAUCUUUUAAUUUAUUGAGAUCCAUUAAAGAUAUGUAUAUAUUCUUUCUUUUUCAACUAAAAUCUUUAAUUUGCAAGUAUAUGUAUACAAUAUUCUUCUUAGCCAUUUUGUAUGUUCCCUAAAACUUUGUUUUCUUCUUGAAUAAAUAAUGCUAAUGGAAUUUAAAAAUUUACAUCUGCUUUACAAUACAUAAUUAAUGUAAUAUUAUUAUCAAAUUACUUGUCUCUGUGGCAUUUUACUAUCUAUUCCUUUGCAACUUCUCACGUGACGAGGCCAAUCCAACUUAUAUUAUUUUUAUUUCAUGGAUCUGAGAAUCCUGGGAUCUGUUCAAUUAAUGCCAAGUUCUACUUUUGAUUAAUUCAGUCUGUGUGUCAAAUCUAACACUGAUGAAUAGCUCAGUGUAUUUAUUUAUUAAAAACAUCAGUAUGUUAUUGAUUGUUAUAACUGUGGUGGUGACAAAGGUAACAGUGUGUAUGUACUAAGAGCUGAUAAAUGGAAAUUUGAAGUGAAGUUUUCAAUGCAUUUACUGAGAUUCUUCUUUAAAAGUUUAAACCUCAAAUUCUCAGUAGGGUACUUCUUAACGACAGCAUUAGUGACAAAAGUAGAUGGAAAUCAUAAAAAAAUAAACAGAAUUACCACUGACGAAAUCUGGAGGGUGAGGUCAAGCGUGAUGCAACAAAAAUAAAAAAAAAUUAAAUGAAUUUCUGUGAUUUUUAUUCGUUACUAUGAGGAUGGUUAGAAAAUAUGGCAGGGUAACAAUAAAAUGAAAUAAAAAUAUAAAUAAAUCAUUUUAAUUAAAACCCAACAUUUAAGCUGAAUUGAAAAAAUACCCUGCAAAAAAAUAUUAUUUAGGCAAUGUAAUUCACAUAUGAACUUUAAAUAGAAUUAAUUAGAAGAAAUUGACUUUUUAAUGUGCACAAAAUGAUAUGCUUUGAAAUAAAUAUCUUAAAUAACAGUUUGUAUAAAUAAAAAUGAAUGGAAUCUUUGAUACUAUCCUCUUCAGGAUGUCAUCUCAGACCAAUACUUUUUUAUAAAAAGUCAAUCAGUCGACUAGAAGUCAAUCACUCUCUAUAGAUAGUUUUCAAACAUACUUCUGAUAAAUAGAAAGAACUGAUUUGGGACUAGGUUAAAAAAAAUGCACUAAGGAUUUUAUAUUAGAAAAUUAUAUUUAAUAAACAUAAUCUUCUUUUCAUUAUUGUCUUCACACAAAUCAUUUUCCGAUGCCUAGAUCUCAGCAAUCUUUCCAUUGAAUCAAUUGGCUUAACUUUCCAGUGUAAUUAAAUUAAAAAGGAAAUUAGGAAAAAAAAUCGGUGUAAAUUAAUAGUAGUCUUUCCGUACUCACAAUUAGGAAGUCUGUAACUUAGCUUUUAUUUGCCAAUUUUAUAAUUCACUUUUUGUUUUUGUAUUUUUAUUUAAAUAUCUCUUUUGGAUUGUAAUAGUACUAAUAAACAAUACAUUAGUAUAACACUAUGAGUGUAAAAAGUGUUAAUGGAACAUUUGCAUAGAAGGUUCAACAAACAGGCAUUAAGUUUUGAAAUAAAUCUCUAUAAAGUAAUUAUAAUAUACACUGAUAAAAAUUUAGAGAAAGCUGAAACCACGACUUCCUUUGAAUGAAUGUAAAUUAUGUACAUCUUGUAGGUGCCAUGGCUAAGUGGUUCAGCGCUUAUCUUCCGAUCCACGGGGAAUCCUAGUAAAGUAUGGAUUUUUAAUUUCGCAAUCUUUAGGGCUCCUCCUGAGUUCCCCCAGUUCUUAUGGGUACCUGACAUCAGCUGGGUUAAAGUAAAAGCAGUUUGUCAUUUGCUGCCUUAUGACACCCUCGUUAACAGAAAGCCUCAUUAACAGAUGACAUAUAAACCACAAGGUUUGAAAGGGGAAUUUCACUUAUGGUACAUCUUAUGUUUAAAAAUGUACAAACCUUAACAAAGUGAUCAAAUUUAAGGGUGAGCAAGAAAAACCUUAAAGUAGUAUACAAUUACUUAGACAAAACAUUUCCAAAAUGUACUUUUGUAAACCGUUUGAUGCAAGAUGAUGUGGUUGUGUUUUUAAUAAAUGUGUAAUGAAAUUUCA